AGGAUGGUCUCAAUCUCCUGACCUCAUGAUCCGCCUGCCUCAGCCUCCCAAAGUGCUGGGAUUUCAAGUGUGGACCACCAAACCAGGUCUGUAACUCUGCAUUUCUACAGAGUUGUAGAAAGUCCAAAUGCUUUGGCAUAGCUUACAAAAUAUUUGGUGAUCUUUCCAAUUUCAACUCUUAUCAUUUCUCUCCUCUUGCUCUAUGUCUUAGCUAUAUUGAUCUUAUUUUAGUUCCUCCAAAUGCUUCUUUAUUUGGAUCUGCACAAUCAUGUUUUUAGUUUGCCUGAACAAUUUUACUCCAUACCCAAUUUUUGUUUAAAGUACUCCUACUAAUUUUUAAUGUAUCCAUUUAGAAUGUGCUUUCUCCAGAAAAGUUUGUCCUGUAUUUCCAAAUUCUGGUUAGAUGACCAUCAUCUAUGCCCUUGUAGUAGCGUAAACUUUCUUUACCAUGACAUUCAUUGUGCUCUAUUUAAAAUAUGUGGUCAUUUUUCUGUCUCCCUCUUGAGGAGGAACUAUGUCUGUCUGUUUACCAUUCUAUCCCUAACGCUUAUGACCAUUCCUUGCACAAAGUAUAUUCUCAAUAAAUAUCCGUUAAACCAAUUAAUUAAUACCUAGGUAAACAUAUUUAGAAUUGUGCCCCUGGAAAGCCUGGGUCUGCAAAUGAUGAAAUUCAGUUUCACAACUAAACUGGGGUCCAGUUUGUUCACAUUUUUAAAAAUGUUGAACUGGACUUGCUUUUAGGUUAAAAACUAGAAAUGUUUGACUUUACUCGCUACUUUUGAGUGUUUAUUUUCUACUCUUGCCAGCUAAGUGUCCUACUGAGUAUCCCUAAAUAAAUGAUACCAGUUCCCCAGCUCAAAAUGUCCAACCUCUUCAAAGCAACUAUUUGCAUAUACCAGGUUCAUUUUCAAGUACACAAAGACAUUCUUCUUCUCUAAGUGUAGUUGUUGAGAGAGCUAAGAUCUCUAAUUCCCAUUUUCAAUUUUCCUAAAAAUCUCUUGCUUACUAAGCCAAUUACAUGUAAAAGCAUUCUUCACUAUCUUCAGUUGUUCAAUAUAUUGUCUUCUCAGAGAGAUCAUAACUUGUUUGAGGCAGGGUCUACAUCUUAGAUAUGCUUCCUCUAUCUACCAUAGCUGUAGCAGAUUGUGGCUGAUGAUGGAAAGGUAGUUAGUAGCAUCACAUAUAACCAAAAUGCAACUCGGAAAACAGGCAUAUAGGAGGAGAAUAUAAUUUAAAUUUAUCAACAAGCGCACAAGAAAAACUAAUAAUUUGUCUGAAGCUUAUUUGACUUUAUCUAAAACCUGAAAAUCUGCAGAGUCGCAUGGUGGCGCUGCAGGAUAAGAUGGUGAAAUUUUUGUAACACGGCAGAUGCGCUGGUUUCCCUUACCCUCGGGAAAGCGCUGUAAAACCAGGAGAAAAGAGGCUUUCAAAAGGCAGAGCACCAUCAACACCUUCGCGACAGGAUUACAAGUUUCUAAAUUCCCAAAGGUCCAGGCUGAUAGAUGAGAGGAGCAACUUUCUGAGCUGCUAGUUGAUUGAGUUGAAACAUUUUCACCAGAAAGACGUUUAGCUAAGGAGCCAUGGAGCCUGCAAAGGGAAGAGCUCAGCGGACAAGGCAAGUGCUGCUUUUCUUUGUUUUCCUGGGAGGGUCUUUGGUAUGUUCUAAGACCUGGAGCUAUUCCGUAGCAGAGGAAAUGGAGGUCGGCACAUUUAUAGCCAACGUUGUGAAAGACAUGGGUGUGGAUGUGGAAGACCUGGCUGCACGGGGGGCCAGAGUCAUCUUUGACGACUAUAAACCUUAUUUGCGGUUGGAUCUACGGAAUGGCGACUUGCUCUUAAAUAGGCAGCUGGACCGGGAAGCACUUUGCGAUCUCACAGAGCGAUGUAUAUUGCAUUUCCAGGUGUUAUUUGAAAAUCCCUUGCAAUUUUCUCGGGCUGAGCUUUUGGUCAAAGACAUAAAUGAUCAUACUCCCACGUUCCUAGACAAUCAUAUACUUUUAAAAAUCUCUGAAGGUACUGCUCUAGGAACCUUAUUCCAAAUAGACAGUGCACAGGACUUGGAUGUGGGAAAGAAUGGUGUUCAAAACUAUACAAUAAGCCCCAAUCCCCAUUUCCAUCUUAAAUUACGAGACAGUGAUGAGGGCAGAAAAUACCCAGAGUUGGUACUGGACCAAUCCCUGGAUCGAGAAAAGGAGGCUGAGUUUAGUUUAACGUUAACAGCCGUGGAUGGUGGGUCUCCGCCCAGGUCUGGGACUACACUGAUUCACGUUGUGGUCCUGGACAUCAAUGACAAUGCACCCGAAUUUGAGAAGCCAGUCUAUGAAGUUCAUGUACCUGAGAGCAGCCCUCUGGACUCUUUGAUCAUCAAGGUAUCUGCUACAGAUUUAGAUGCAGGAAUAAAUGGAGAACUGACUUACUCAUUUUCCCACGUCUCCAGAGAUGUACGGAAAACAUUUGAAAUCCACCCAAUUUCUGGCGAAGUCUAUUUAAAAGCGCCUCUAGAUUACGAGAUUAUUCCAUCUUAUAUCAUAAACAUUCAGGCCAUUGACGGUGGGAGCCUUUCUGGAAAAGCAAGCAUUUUAGUUCAGGUUGUAGAUAUGAAUGACAACCCGCCAGAAAUAGCCAUGACAUCUCUUACUAGCCCCAUACCGGAAAACUCUUCACCUGAGAUGGUGGUCGCUGUUUUCAGCAUACGAGACCAAGACGCUGGAGACAAUGGGAGAAUGGUUUGCUCAAUUCAGAACAACAUCCCCUUUCUCUUGAAGCCUACCUUCAAGAAUUUUUACGCUCUGGUAACAGAGCGCCCAGUAGACAGAGAGGUCAGAAGUGAAUAUAACAUCACCAUCACCGUGACCGACUUGGGGACACCCAGGCUGAAAACCGAGUACAACAUAACUGUGCUGAUCUCCGACGUCAACGACAACGCCCCCGCCUUCACACAGACCUCCUACACCCUCUUCGUCCGCGAGAACAACAGCCCCGCCCUGCACAUCGGCAGCGUCAGCGCCACAGACAGAGACUCAGGCACCAACGCCCAGGUCACCUACUCGCUGCUGCCGCCCCAGGACCCGCACCUGCCCCUGGCCUCCCUGGUCUCCAUCAACGCGGACAACGGACACCUGUUCGCCCUCCGGUCGCUGGACUACGAGGCCCUGCAGGCGUUCGAGUUCCGCGUGGGCGCCACAGACCGCGGC